UCCUAGCCUCCAGACCUGCGGGCCGCAGGGAGUUAAAUUGCUGCCUUCCUCUCCUUCUCUCUGGCGGUUGGUGGCUCGUUUUCUAAAGGAACGUUUUAUUCACUUUUUAGUAUUUUCUACCGGGGGCACGCUGCCCGCCUCGGUCCAGACUCUGCUUUGUAACCGGGUUUUAUAUGUAUGGAUGUGUAGAUAUACUUUGGACACCUUGCAACGCUUGCGCCUCUCCGACGGGGCCACGGCUUGUUGUUUUGGACAUCCUUCCUCCCCUUCCAUCUGGUACUCUGAACGCAGUGUCACCAAACUCCCCGCCGCCCCGCGGACGCCGAUCGCCUCGGGGUGCAAGUUUGGGGUGCGAGAGUCUAGUGACCUGGAAGGCCUGGGACCGCCCCGCCCCCGCUGCCAGCGGUCGGGGAAGUUUACAUCUGGAUUUUCACACAUUUUGUCGCCACUGCCCAGACUCUGACUAACCUUGUGGGCGUCGGGUUUUCGGUACUGCAGCCUCCUCAAGUAUUAGCACUGCCUCCCCGCGCCUGCCCUGUCCCCCAGGCCGCCCGCCGAGGUCCUGCCCUCGCCCGGGGGGAGCGCGAUCCCGGGGGCGCAGUGGAGCCCGGGACCUGGGGCCCGCGCUGAGCAGCUAUGGCUGCGGCGAUAGCCAGCUCCUUGAUCCGGCAGAAGCGACAGGCGAGGGAGUCCAACAGCGACCGGGUGUCGGCCUCCAAGCGCCGCUCCAGCCCCAGCAAAGACGGGCGCUCCCUGUGCGAAAGGCACGUCCUCGGGGUAUUCAGCAAAGUGCGCUUCUGCAGCGGCCGCAAGAGGCCCGUGAGGCGGAGACCAGAACCCCAGCUGAAAGGAAUUGUGACAAGGUUAUUCAGCCAGCAGGGGUAUUUCCUGCAGAUGCACCCAGAUGGUACCAUUGACGGGACCAAGGACGAAAACAGUGACUACACCCUCUUCAAUCUAAUUCCCGUGGGCCUGCGUGUGGUGGCCAUCCAAGGGGUGAAGGCCAGCCUCUAUGUGGCCAUGAAUGGUGAAGGCUAUCUCUACAGCUCAGAUGUUUUCACUCCAGAAUGCAAAUUUAAGGAAUCUGUAUUUGAAAACUACUAUGUGAUUUAUUCUUCCACACUGUAUCGUCAGCAAGAAUCAGGCCGAGCAUGGUUUCUGGGACUCAAUAAAGAAGGUCAAAUUAUGAAGGGAAACAGAGUGAAGAAAACCAAGCCCUCAUCACAUUUUGUACCAAAACCUAUUGAAGUGUGUAUGUACAGAGAGCCAUCGCUACAUGAAAUUGGAGAAAAACAAGGGCGUUCAAGGAAAAGUUCUGGAACACCAACCAUGAAUGGAGGCAAAGUCGUGAAUCAAGAUUCAACAUAGCUGAGAACUCUUCCCUUUGUCCCUCUCCUAUCCUUUUCCUUUCCCCCCUCCCCUUUACCCAUUUCCUUCCAAUAAGUCACCCAAGGAGAGGAAAAUAAAAUGGCAACCCAGGACCUAGUGACUAAGAUUCUGCACUCAAAAUCUUCCUUUGUGUAGGACAAAGAAAUUGAACCAAAGCUUGCCUGUUGCAAUGUGGUAGAAAAUGCACAUGCACAAAUAUUAGCACAUAUACAAUCAAGGGAAAAAAUAAAUCAAGACACCACAGCAUUGUGUUGUUAUUAAUAAAAGGCUAAUUAUAAUGAAGACAUAGCUAUAAUAAAUGUGAAAUAAAGUUAUUAUCUUAAAGACAAGGGUUUUGGAGAAUUGAACUUACAAAUCAAUGUAAUACCCUAAAUAACUUAAACUUUGGAUAAUGCUGUAAUGUGUGCUUUGUUUUGAAUUUUAAUUUUCUUUGGAUGUCUGGAAUUGACACAUAAUUACAUACUGUCUCCAGGAUUCUUUUUUUACCAUGAUAUUGAACAUGUACAAAUUAUAGAUUCUUCUAACACCUGUAUGGUAUAAGCCAGGAAUCAUUUAAAAGCUUAAAACUUUAUUCUUGAAGUUGUUACUUAAAAUUGUUUCAUGCAAAGGAUAGACUUCAGUUGUAUUUAAUGGUAUUAGCUGAUAUCAUUCCUUCAUAAAAAUGAAUUUCAGAUUCACCUAUUUUUAUCAAAGGAAUUAAUCUAGGAUAUCAUUUUUUUUAGUCAUUUAGAAAAAAAAUGUGUUCUAAGGUUGAAAUAACUUUUGGGAAUUCUGUGUCAUUGACAUGCCUGGGAAGUGAUGAAUAAGUUAUACGCUCUUAUCAUUUGGUCUUUUUUUUUUUUUUUUUACAUUGUGCACACGUUUGAGAACAGAGGUGCAUGUCUAGCUGUGUUGGAGAGUUUUGUACCAUCUCUUGCAGCAGGAAAGAAAGAAAAGGAGUUUUGCAUAAGGAAUAAGUCCUAGGAAAUUGGUCAAAGCAAAUUGUAUUUGCCUUUGAACCUUACUAGAGUCUUAUGUAUGUAACAUUUUCCAAACUUCACCAAGAGAUUGGGAGGCAUGGCUGUGAAAUUCCUAACUUAAUAUCUUAUGAAGCCAGUGGCUUGCUUGUUGCUGUAUAUCCUUGUUAAUUAGCCUAGUUGACAAUAAGUCUGUCUCCUAGAACAACAGAAAGGAACUUGAUACGCUGAAUUUUCAAGGGGCAUAGAGAAAGAUUAUGGAAUUAACAGCUAUGGUUCCAACACACAGGAUUGUGUGAGCUUAAAGUACUCGAAAGGAAAAAAAAAGAACUCAGUGUAAGGACUGGCAAAUG